CUGAUUUUUUCAUAGUCUCACUUUCCGGAUUAAAAGAAAAAACCCUAAUUUCACUUAUUAAAUCUAAGCCUGCAAUUAGUUUAUAAAAUUAUAUACUCAAAUAUUCUAAAUUCAAGUGAAAGAUUUGUAAAUCUAAAAUUGAUCGGUUCGAUGUCAGUAGAGAGGUCGUUUGAAGUAUGGGAGGAGGUCCAGCGCCAUGGUCAAGACCUGGCGGACUGGUUGGUUCAAGGUUUCAGUGGUAUAAUUCAAUCACACAUUGCAAAUCCGCCGUCGUUCUCGUGGCCAGACCUUAAAAAAUCGAAACUUUUCGAUUUAGAGUUUCCUAUUGCGAGUUUCACCAAAAGAGAUUUGGCUAUUUCGGUCAGCAAACCCGAUAUUAACGGCGUUUUGGCCAUUUUUGAUAUUGGUCACUGGAUUGGGCAGGCUGGGGCUGACUUUGGGGCGUGUUUGAAGGGAUUGGUUUAUCAAUUUUAUAGACAGUUGCCUGUGCCUUUUAAGCACGAGGAGAGUGGGCUUAGACUGGAGUUGAAUGGGAUUGAUAGUGGUUUGAAGAGGAGUGAUGCGGGGUUGAGUGUUGAGGAAAGUUUUAUAGUUAGAGAAAAAGAAAGAGAGAGACUGAUAGGUGUUGGGGCCGUAGAGAAUGAUGGUAGUAAUAAUGUGGAUGAAGAAACGGGUGGGCUUGAUUUGCCGUCAGCUGCACAUCUCGGUAGGCCACAGGGGAUCAUAAAUAUUUCAUCAACUUAUGACAGUCGAACACAUGACUUGGAAAGUUCUCUCAUUGCAAGGGGAGAUUUAUGGAGAAUAGAGGUAUCAAAUGGCUGUUCCACAUCAGGGAAUAACAACUCAUCUCUUUUCCUUGUUCAGCUUGGACCAGUACUUUAUGUUCGUGAUUCAACACUUCUUUUGCCUGUUCAUUUGUCAAAGCAACACUUGCUUUGGUAUGGAUAUGACAGGAAGAAUGGAAUGCAUUCUAUUUGUCCAGCUUUGUGGUCAAAGCAUAGAAGGUGGCUGUUGAUGUCAAUGCUCUGUCUCAAUCCUUUAGCUUGUUCAUUUGUGGAUUUGCAGUUUCCAAAUGGACAGUUAACUUAUGUUUCUGGUGAGGGUCUAACUACUAGUGCUUUUCUACCACUUUGUGGGGGCCUUCUUCAAGCUCAGGGUCAAUAUCCUGGAGAAAUGAGACUUAGCUUCUCGAGCAUGAGUAAGUGGGGAGCACGUGUCACCCCAAUGGUCCAAUGGCCUGACAAAUCGUUUACAUUGGGUCUUGCACAAGCUUUGGCUUGGAAGAGGUCUGGUCUUAUGGUGCGGCCGACCAUUCAAUUCAGUUUUUGCCCCACUUUUGGUGGAAGUAAUCCUGGGUUUCAAGCAGAACUUAUUCAUUCCUUGAAGGAGGAACUGAGCCUUAUCUAUGGCUACACAUGCAUGACACAUCCUUCUGCAUUUGCCUCAGUUUCGAUUGGUAGGUCUAACUGGAAUGGAAAUGUUGGAAACUCAGGGAUAGUGAUGAGAGUUGAUGCCCCUCUUUCAAGUGUUGGUCGACCUUCUUUCUCUGUGCAAAUAAACACUGGCGUCGAAUUUUGAUUCUAAUUUUUCAUUUUUAUUUACCCCCAUAAGUGUAUAUAGUCAGAGGCUUAUUAACAACUACUUGUGAAUAUGCAAACAAUAUAUUGAUCCAUGCAAACAAUUUUGAUUCUAAUUCUUUAUGUUAAAUUUUCUCAA